AUGCAAUUAACCGGAAGUGUCAUCGAGAUUGAUCUUAGUGGCCAUGGUCUAAAUGGGAGUAUAACACCUCAAAUAGGUGCACUUUCCAAACUCAAGUGCCUCAACCUGUCCUCAAAUAAUCUUAGAGGUGAGUUACCUUCUUCGCUUGGAAACCUUACUCAAUUGGCAGUGCUUGAUGUUUCUUAUAAUGAAAUUUAUUCCAUUCCCUUGGAAAUUGAGAAGAUGGAGAAUCUUGUUUCUCUAAAUUUGACGAGGAAUCUCAUUGCUGAUAUGCCUUCAGCUAUAGGUCUUUUGACCAAUCUCACUCACUUGAUUAUGAACUCUAAUCCAUUACGGAGCAUCAUCUCUCCCCAUAUAUGGAACCUGAAAAAGCUAAUGACUCUCCAUCUCGGAAACUGCCAGCUCUAUGGUUCCAUUCCACCAAAUAUUGGAAAGCUGAAGAGUUUGGUUAAUCUCCGUCUCCAGAACAACAUGCUUGUUGGUCCAAUCCCAUCUUCUAUCAGCAAUGUAACCAAUCUAGAGUCGUUGCUCCUUCAGAAUAACCAACUUAAUGGAUCCAUUCCACAGGAAAUUGGGAGGCUAACGAAUUUGAUUACACUGUAUCUAUUGUCUAAUAUGCUUGUUGGUCCCAUCCCUUCCUCUUUGGGUUAUUUAUCCAGACUAGAAUCAUUCUCUCUUUACAAAAAUAAAAUAAAUGGUUCCAUCCCUUCAGUAAUAACAAAUCUUAAGAAGUUGACUAGCUUGGAUCUUGGUGGCAAUAACCUGAGUGGUCAAAUCCCUUCAUUUCUAGGUCUUUUACCCAGCUUGAGUAGUUUGUACCUUGACUCAAAUCUUUUUGAAGGUUUCAUCCCAUUAGAUAUUGGAAAAUUAAAGAAUCUGACUGUAUUGCAUUUCCCUAAUAAUAAACUCACUGGCUCAAUCCCUUUAUCUCUACUUCAUUUACCCAAUUUAUGGCAUCUAUCCAUGGCUUCAAAUCUUUUGGAAGGUCCCAUACCCCAUGAAAUUGAGAGUUUGAAUACCCUGCGAUACUUAGAUCUCUCAGACAACAAAUUUAGUGGCCCCAUUCCAUCUCAGAUUGGUAAUUUGUCAAAUUUAACAUGCUUAGUUUUGGCAAACAAUAACUUGAGUGGAAGGAUUCCCCAGCAAAUUGGUGGCUUAUCUCUAUACCUGCUUGAUCUAAGCCAUAACAUCAUUAGUGGAGAUAUUCCUUCUCAACUCAAUUCCCAAAACAUUUCCAAUUCCAUGUCUUCAUCUCUAUUUCAUUUACACAAUUUGCGGUAUCUAUUCAUUGCUUCGAAUCUUUUGGAAGGUCCCAUACCCCAUGAAAUUGAGAAUCUGAAAGCCCUGGAACACUUAGAUCUUUCAGAAAACAAAUUGAGUGGACCCAUUCCAACUCAAAUUGGUAAUUUGUCAAAUUUAAUGUACUUAAUUUUGGCAAAAAAUAACUUGAGUGGAAGGAUUCCCCUGCAAAUUGGUGGCUUAUCUCUAUACCAGCUUGAUCUAAGACAUAACAUCAUUAGCGGAGAUAUACCUUCUCAACUCAAUUCCCAAAACAUUGAUCUUAGCCAUAACCUUCUCCACAGAGUGAUACCUUCCAAAUUUGGGAAUUUAACUCAUUUAAGCACCUUAGAUCUCAGUUGGAAUAAUUAA